UUUCACUGAGCUUAAAAUUCUUUGGGAUGAGCUUGAUCUUUUGCGCCCAUUACCUGCUUGUUCUUAUGCUUUUAAAUGCACCUGUAGUGCUCUUGGGAAUGUUGCUAAAUAUAAAGGACAAGACCAGCUUAUUAAAUUUCUAAGGGGGCUAAAUGAUAACUAUUUGAUUGUUAGAACUCAAAUUCUAUUGAUGGAUCCCUUGCCCUCUUUGAAUAGAGUUUUCUCUCUUGUUAUACAACAAGAGAGACAAAUUUUUGGUGAUCAUUCCAAGGCAAUGGCUGUUACUGGUAGAGGGGGCUAUAAAAAUAACACUGCAAGUUAUGGUAGAGGUUCUAGUUAUGGAAGAGGAAGCUAUGGAAGAGGAAAUGCUUCUAAAAUCUGUAGUCAUUGUGGAAAGACAGGACAUACCAUUGAUACAUGUUAUAGAAAGCAUGGCUUCCCACCUCAUUUCAAGUUUAAAAAUCAUAACCAUGAUCAAAGUCAUGCUAAUGCAGUAUUUCAAAAUGCAAGUUCUAAUGAUGAUGGUGAGAAAAAUCAUGAAGGUUCAAAGGCAGAAUUACAGCCUCAACAAAUUAAUUUUACUCUUGAGCAGUGUCAAGCAUUGUUAGCUCUUUUACAACAGUCUAAAUCCACUGGCAAUGUUUCAAAUGAAGUCUCUGUUAUUCUUUCCAACAUGACAACACACUGGACAAGAACUCCUUGAAGAUGAUUGGUUCAGCUAAGAUGCAAGAUAUGCUUUAUAUACUCAGGGUCUCAUUUUAUCACAAACUUCAAAUCAAACCCACCAAAUUUACACAUACCAUCAAUACUGUCAAUUUCACUGCUAGUGAUCUAGAAACCCUUUGGCAUUUUCGGUUAGGGCAUGUUUCAAACAAAUGUAUUGAUGUUAUCAAGAAUAAAUUUCCUUUUUUUAAAUACAACAAAUCAUAUGUUUGUGAUAUUUGUCAUUAUGCAAAGCAAAAGAGACUUCCGUUUCCUAUUAGUACAUCUAAAUCUCAAAAAUGUUUUGAUCUGAUUCACGUUGAUUUGUGGGGACCAUACUCAAUACCAUCAAUUCAUGGUCAUAAAUAUUUCUGGACCAUAGUUGAUGAUUGUUCAAGGUACACAUGGAUUUUUCUUUUAAAACAAAAAUCUGAAACUGUUAAGACUAUGGAAAAAUUUAUUGUUUUUGUUCAAACACAAUUUGAGACAACAAUAAAAAUCAUAAGAAGUGACAAUGAGACUGAAUUUUUCAUGACUAAUUUCUUUGCCAACAAAGGGAUAAUGCACCAAACCUCAUGUGUCAAUACUCCACAACAAAAUAGUAUAGUUGAAAGGAAACAUGGUCAUUUAUUAAACGUAGCAAGAGCUCUCAUGAUACAAUCUCAUUUGCCCAAAAUUUACUAGUCAUAUUCUGUGAUACAUGCUGCCCAAAUUAUAAAUAUGCUUCCCACACCUGUUUUAGAUAAUUUUUCUCCUCAUGAAAUGCUUUACAAAACUGAAGCAAAUUUUAAUCAAUUAAAGGUGUUUGAAUCUUUAUGCUAUGCUAGCACUUUGUCAACAAAUAGAAGAAAAUUUGAUCCAAGGGCAUCGAAAUGUGUUUUUCUUGGUUUUAAAAAGGGAACAAAAUGAUAUGUUUUGUUAAAUAUUCAAUCCAGAGAAAUUUUUGUGUCUAGGGAUGUUGUUUUCCAUGAACACGUUUUUUCGUAUCAAAGGGUUCAGGAUGCUAACAAUGAAACUGACAGUCCUAACAUUCAUGAUCAAAGUCUUUUUACUGAAGAUCAACCCAUCUUGAGUUAGCCAUAACAAGUCAUUCUUAUACCUUUUGAUAAUUAUGAUAAUAAUAGUAAUAAUGACCAUGAAUCUGACAUUGAAGUUCCAACAGAAGUAAGCCCACAAAUAGACCAAAACCUCAAUGAAGACCAUGAUACAGAACAAAAUUCAGAAUCUCAUCAGCCAAUUCAAAUGAGUACCCGAACAAAAAAAACCACCUGAGUAUCUAAAGGAUUACCAUUGUAAUCUUAAUGUUUCCAAUACAUCUUCAAGAGUUAAAUAUCCUUUGAAUUCUGUUUUAUCUUAUAAUAAAUUAACAUCUGCUUACUCAUCCUUUGUUAUGUCUAUUUCUUCACAUGUUGAGCCAAACACUUAUUCUGAAGCUAUAAAAUAUGACUGUUGGAGAAAGGCUAUACAAUGUGAGAUAUCUGCUUUGGUGUCAAAUCAAACAUGGGAGGUUGCUCUUCUGCCUAAGGACAAAGCUGCCAUAGGUUGUAAAUGGGUGUUCAAAAUAAAAUAUAAGCCUGAUGAGACUGUUGAAAGGUAUAAGGCAAGACUAGUGGCAAAGGGGUACACCAAAACAGAAGGUAUUGACUACCUUGAUACCUUUCCUCUAGUAGCAAAGAUGACAACUAUAAGGUUGCUUCUUUCCCUAGCUUCUAUUUAUAACUGGAAACUAAAACAAUUGGACAUAAACAAUGCCUUUUUACAUGAGAGUUGAAAGAAGAUGUAUACAUGGUUGCUCCUCCUGGAUUGACUUCUAUUCAACCAGGACAAGUUUGUAAAUUACAAAAGGCUUUAUAUGGCCUUAAGCAAGCUAGCAGAGAAUGGUUUGCCAAAUUAUCAUCUUUUUUGCUUUCUGCUGGAUACACACAAUCUAUGAAUGAUCAUUCCUUGUUCAUUA